UGUCGCAGUUUCCCGCCUCUGGCUCUGAGCCAACCCAGCCGGACGUUUGGCGGUUAGUGUUGGGAAGUUCGAGUCUUUGAAGUGAAUCGGAUCACUGACUCUCGGACAGUAUAUAGAGUCCUUGGGUUCAUUUGAAGUGGUGCAGCGCUGUGGCUCUAUGUGACCGAUGCAAACCUGAGCCUGGGCUUAUGCAGCUGCCAUGUGGCGACGGCACGAAUCACUUACUAAGACGACUCAUUGCUCCCGAGUCAUAUAAAAGAUCAGUUCAUAUGGAACGAAUCGUUCACGACGACACUCCACUACACCCUCCCGGAUGUUUGGCGGAAGCUGUCGGUUAGCAACAGCCGGCGGAGGAGCCUCGGAGUCGGCAGCGGGAUGCGCGGACAGCCGCUACACUGAAACUCGGUAAAGUGACUCUUUACUGCGGCAUGGAGGACGGACAGCAGCGCGGGAACGGAACCUGAUCCACCGGCCGGCCGUCGAACUGUCGGUUCCGCUCGUGGAUGAAGAUCACCGACAGCUGUUGAUGGUGGACCGAGUUUAGCAUGAGGAGCGACCCGAGACAGAGCGCAGCAGCUCCGGGGAAGAGAGGCAGCAGAGCGCGGCAACACGGCUGCUGCUGCUGAGCUAACAGGCUAACAGGCUAACACUUUAUCAACACUUGGACAAACAAACACGACAUGGACUCACUGCUGGACUUCGAAGAGUGUGUGAAAGACUCACCUGGCUUCAGACUGAAGCUCGAGCUGUUCGAGACGGAUGUGACGGUGCUGGAGACUCACCUGGACAAGGUGAUGAAGCUCUGCGGUAAGAUGGUGGAGGCGGGACAAGCGUACAACGCAGCCAAUCAGCUGUUCCUGACCAGCCUGGGUGAACUGGCCUCGUACCACAAGAAGGACGCCGCCAUCACCAACUGUCUGAGCCAGUUUAACCACGGCCUGCAGGAGAUGGUCAGCUUCCACACCAUGCUGUUUGACCAGACGCAGAGAGCGAUCAGCCAACAGCUGAGCAACCUCUGCACGCAUUCUCUGAGGUUCCUGCCCCAGCUGGUGGAGACCAGGAAGGAGUUUGUCCGGAUCGGAGACGAUCUGGAGACGGCGGCGGCGAAGAACGCUCAGGUGUCUCGCCACAAAGCAGGAGACGCCGAGCGGGCGAGUCACCUGCUGCUCGCCACACGCAAAUGUUACCAACACUUCGCCCUGGAUUACUGUCUGCAGCUCAACACGUUCAAGACUCAGCAGAGGAUCGACGUCCUGAACUCAGUGUUCUCCUUCGUCCACGCUCAGUUCACCUUCUUCCACCAAGGCUUCGACCUGCUCAGGGACCUGGAGCCCACCAUGAAGACCAUGGCAGCACAGUUGUCUCAGUUGUCGACAGACUGCACAGCUCAAAGAAAAGACCUGGAGAACAAACACCUGCUGGUCCAGCAGAGGGACGCCUCAGGUGAGCCGAUGGUUAACCCCUGUCCCGGCAGCGAUGACAUCAUCCAGGGUUACCUGUUCAAACGGUGCAGGAGGAAACCCAAAACCUGGAAGAGGUGCUGGUUCUCCAUCAGAGACAACCAGCUGAUUUACAGGAAGUCACACAAGGAGGAGAACACCGUCCUGUUCGAGGAUCUGCGACUGUGCGCCGUCAAAUCUUUGGAUCACAUCGACCGGCGGUUCUGCUUCGAGCUGCUGUCUGUUCAGAAGUGCUGUGCUCUGCAGGCUGACUCGGAGCAGUUGAAGCAGGCCUGGCUCAGCGCUCUGCAGGGCAGCAUCGACCUCGCCUACAGGGAGCGCGUCGACCCCGUCUGUGUGCAGCCUAAAGACCUCCCUCCUCUCCUCGGAGGUGGAGGAGGAGGUGGAGGUGGAGGGGACUCCUCCUCUCCGGGCCCCCCCACUCGGAGGCCUCCAGCGCUGGGCGUGGCCCUCCGAGGUCCGGGGAACCAACGCUGCUGCGACUGCGGGGAGGACGAGCCUCGCUGGGCCUCCAUCAACCUGGGAGUCACCAUGUGCAUCGAGUGCUCCGGCAUCCACAGGAGUCUCGGCGUUCACCUGUCCAAGGUCAGGUCCCUCACCCUGGACUCAUGGGAUGCCGAGCAGCUGAAGCUGCUGUGCGUUCUGGGUAAUGAUGUCAUGAACCAGAUCUACGAGGCGCGAUGUUCAGAGGACGGACGGGUCAAACCGAGAGCCGACAGUCUGCGGUCAGAGAAGGAGGCGUGGAUCAAAGAGAAGUACGUGGAGAAAAGAUUCGUGCAGAGCGACGGAGCAGACGGGCCGAACGCCGGGCUGCGUCUGUAUCACGCCGCGAUGUCGGGAGACCUGGUUGCCAUGGCAGCAGCGUUGGCCCAGGGGGCGGAGGUUAACGGUUGCGUCGGCGAGGAGGAGGGACGCACUGCGCUGAUCGGAGCUGCUGUCGGGGGAUCUCUGUUGGCCUGCGAGUUCCUGCUGCUGAAUGGUGCCAACGUGAACCACCGAGACCAGAGAGGACGAGGGGCGCUGCACGCCGCCGCCACCGCCGGACACACCGGACAGGUGUGCCUGCUGUUGAAGAGAGGAGCCAAUCAGUAUGCCGCAGACGAGAAAGGACAGGACCCGUUGGCCAUCGCUGUGGAAACGGCCCACGCAGACAUCGUCACACUGCUGCGGAUGGCGAGGAUGAACGAGGAGAUGAGGGACUCGGAGGGCGUCUUCGGAGCCGUGGGAGACGACGAGACGUUUCAGGACAUCUUCAGGGACUUCAGUGACAUGGCGUCACAUGACCCGGAGAGGCUCAGCCGGCGGCAGUUCAGCCGAGGAGGAGGAGAGGAGGAAGAGGAGGAGGGACAGAUGAACAGCCAGCAGUGUUGAAAAGACGUCAGGAUGAACCUGAGACUGCAAACUAACCACUGGGUUACCACGGAAACAGCCGUGACUGUGUAAUAUAACCAUUAUAGUAACAUAUAUGUCGAGAGUGUAAUCCCACUGUGGUAACUAUGUUCAGCUGUACUCUUACUUUGUAACAGCCAA